UCCGCAUCCCAUCUCUCAAGUGCUCGGAGAACAGAGGAUACAGGGAUGAUGAUAAACAUACCGAGAAACUUGUCAAAUAGAGAGCAUCUCUCUCGGCUUUGAAGGCGUGAUUUACGCCGCAACAUGGCAAAACGAUGCUGACCACGGGAAGAGAGGCAGAGAGCCUUGUAGAAGGACCUCAAUAGCAGCUUGUGUCUGCAGACAAAACAACGACUGUGGGACUCUGUGUGAAUCUUAUAGGGCAUUAAGAGCACCAACUAAUCCUGUGCAUUGUAGAAAAAUAUAGAAGAACAAACAACGGGUAUUUUUGCACAAAGAACACGUCGCUGCUAUAGGAUUGCAAUCAUUCAGUGUUAUUUUAAUUGUAGGCUGUAUGAAAUGGGAGCUCUGACAAGCCGUCAGAAUGCCGGAGUGGAGGAGGUCGAUAUUCAGUCCAAUUCUGUGUACAGAUAUCCACCCAAAACCGGAAGUUAUUUUGCUAGCCAUUUUAUUAUGGGAGGAGAGAAGUUUGAUUCAACUCAUCCUGAAGGUUACCUCUUUGGUGAAAACACUGACCUCAACUUCCUUGGCAAUAGACCAGUAGUGUUCCCGUACAAUGCUCCACCUCCUCAAGAGCCAGUCAAGACCCUCCGCAGUCUCAUCAACAUCCGCAAAGACACUCUACGACUUGUCCGAUGUAGUGAAGACAUGAAUCUGCCUGGACAGGAUGUUGGAAAAAGCCACAGUUGCUACAAUAUUGAGUUUUCCUUUGAUGCUGACACACAAGUUGCCAUUACUAUAUACUACCAAGCCAUUGAAGAGUUUCACAAUGGUGUGCCAAUAUACUUGCCGCAGGACAGCUCUCUGCAGUCAGAGACGGUUCAUUUCAAACGCGGAGUCUGCCAACAUUUCUGUUUGCCCUCCCAUUAUGUCAACUUAUUAGAGUGGGCAGAUGAGGAGCUUUUGUUUGACAUGGAUAGAGACAUCUACCCCAUGGUUGUACAAGCAGUAGUGGAUGAGGGAGAUGAGCACUUGGGACAUUCCCAUGUUCUUCUUGCAACCUUUGAGAAGCACGUGGAUGGAAGUUUCUGUGUGAAACCUCUGAAACAGAAACAAGUUGUGGAUGGUGUUAGUUACCUGUUGCAGGAAAUCUAUGGUAUAGAGAACAAAUACAACAGCCAAGAAUCAAAAGUGGCUGAAGAUGAGAUUAGCGACAACAGCGCUGAAUGUGUGGUGUGUUUGUCGGAUGUGCGGGACACACUGAUCCUACCCUGCAGACACCUGUGCCUGUGCAAUGCCUGUGCAGACACACUGCGUUACCAGGCCAACUGUUGCCCCAUCUGUCGAUUACCAUUUCGUGCCCUUCUUCAGAUCCGAGCAAUGAGGAAAAAACUGAGCCCACUUACUCCAACUGGAUUCAACCCUGUCAUUACCUCCCAGACCUCAGAUUCAGAGGAGCACUCGGCAUCAGAGCACAUCCCACCAGGCUAUGAAGCUGUGUCCCUGUUAGAGGCCUUGAAUGGGCCCCUGAACCCGUCUCCAUCUGCUCCUCCAAUUGAGGGCCUCACCAGGGGCCAUGUUUCUGGAUCUGUGCCCACAUAUGCCAGUGAUAGCCACCACACGCCCACACGCCCCCUCUCUCCACUAGAACACUCUGUCAACUCUAGCCAGAAUGUGAAACACAAGAAGAGUGUCUCUAAAUCUCUCUCCCAGAAUUCUUCAGUGCUGCCAGAGGAGGAGGACGAGAAGUCAUGUAGUGAGAUGCAAACGUGCAGGAGAAAACUGCAUGCAGAACAGCAAGAGUCUGGAGUGACUCCAGAAAGUGACAACCUCACCCUGUCAUCUUCGGGAGCCAUAGAUCAGUCUUCCUGCAGUGGGACCCCUCUCUCCUCCACUAUCACCUCCCCAGAGGACCCAGUUAGCAGCAGUCUGGCCCAGUCUGUGAUGUCAAUGGCGUCAUCUCAUAGCCAGCACUCUCAGAUCAGCACUGACACACUAUCUUCCAUGUCUGGCUCCUACAUGGCUGGGGCAGAGGGAGAAGAGCCCCUUGAGACCCCAGCAGAGAGCAGGGCCCCUUCCCAGCAUGAGGGUGAGGAAAUCCCCAAUGAGCCAAAAAACUUUGUGGCUGCCAUUCUUGAAGAACAGGAUUCAGAGGGAAAUGAUGUCACUGAGGAAGAUUGUGGAUCUCCCACCAAAGAACAGGGUGGGCGCAGGUGGAGUGAGGUCCCUUGUCCAGAGUUUGACAAUAACAAUCAGGGGCAGUCUGACACCCACUGUAUGACAGGCUUGGACAAUGAGCAGCCUCCUGAUGGCCGUUUCGCUGGUCUGUUAUACCUUGAUGUCUAUCGUCAUGGUCAGAAUCCUUUGACUCAACAUGUGUCCACCAGCAACAUCAACCUUGAGGAUCAGGGGGUCACCAAUAUAGUGGCAAACCCCAAGAACAAAUCUCAUCGUGGACCCCUUGCUGUGUGAAAUUCUCUGUAAACCUCUCUGUUAUCCUCAGUCCACCAGGCACAGACCUACACCUCUUCCAAAGAGGGAUAGGUUCCUCUGCCUUCAUGCCAUCUAUACCCAAACUUGUGUCCACUCAAAGUCAGACUGCAGAAAUCUCCUGAUUCAAAUCCCAAAAGGGUGUUGAAGGAUGUACUAUGUGGUUUCCCCUUUCCAUUGUGAUAGAUAUUUUAGCACUCUUUUGGUGUUGAUACUUAUGUAAAGCACCAUGUUUACACCAACACUCCACCCACUCAUGUGUGGAGAUGGAGGGAUGACUCAAGCAGCUCUGAUGAAAGCCUGAAAAACAAGGACACGGUACAGAUUCCAACCUCUGAUCCGAGCAGCAUUUUAGUUCUUCUCUCUUAGAGAGAAGUCUAAUUUCAUGUCAGGGCUGUGUGACUAUGCUUUGUGAACUCUCAGAUAAAACAUGUUUUGACACUGUGCUAUAAUUCACCAAUCGUAUAUAACGCCUAUAAACAGUGUUAUGAUUUGAAUAGUCAUCAAAUACUGUUAUCUGAAUCAACGGACCCCUUGGGACUUUCCUCAUUAAUAUCACUCUGCAUUUGCAUGAAUCUCCAUCUUGAUAUAGUACCUGGGCACAAUUAACAACAUUUUCAGGUAUAGCUUUGAAGUUAAAAUCAAAGUGAAUACAUAUUCCCUGUUUAGUUUUUUUUGUAUUUGGUAUAUUGUGCACUGAUUAAUCAUUCACAAUAUGAUCAGGAACAUGCAUUAAGAAAGUAAAUAGGGUUUUGAUUUCACGUUGACUUCAAAGGUGCACUCAGCACUUACAGUGACACCUAGUGGUGUGGAUGAAGUAUUAUUAAAAAUCAAUAAUUUUCAGUUACAAAUAUCAUUGUAGAAAUUCACUGUUCACAAUCAGCCAUGAUUAAUGUAAUCCAACAGUGAAAGUGUCCAGUAGCAAGACAGCUGAGAUUAAGUGAGGAGUAUUCAUCUGGUCAUGUGAUUCUAUAAUGGCAGUCCCCAUGUAGAAUAAAACAGCUUUUAUAAGGUUACUGAUAUGACUAGAGUUCUCAUCUCAUGUGAGUGGUCAACAUAUGUUUCAAAAUUACAAUUAAUUUAUUUAGAAGUCAAACUUUUUUAAUGGGGAAGAAGUCAUCUAGUGCACCUCUAAGCUUUCUGUAUCACCAUUACUUCACUAAUCAUCACAAAAACUCAGUUGUUACUUUGCCCUAAUUUAUUUUUAAAACGCCAUAAUCAAUCCUUCACAAGAUAAACUUCAGAGCAAUAACACAUAUUUGCUCACAUUUCUGCCCUUGUCAGUUUGCUGCAGCUAAUUUUGAGCUUUACGUACAGCCCUACAUGUCAAAAAGACACAAAGCUACUGAGCUGCCUAACCUGUGUUGCACAUCGUACUGGCCACGGAGACGCUACUGAACUGCUUUCUGCAGAGCCUUCUGAAACCUUUUGUACAAGGGAAAUGCUUGAGAAAAACUGCUCAUGAGGUCCACAUCUGUGGUCAUACCUCAAAUAUUGCUAUGCUAACUGUUACAAAGCUAAUGUCAAGCUCUUUGUUCAUUGUUUAAAAAACAAGUAUUAAUUUCAUGUCUUAGGUACAAUCUUGCAUAUACCGUAUAUUCUUCAAUUAGUGAUUUUGCACCUAAGACUUUAGUAUUAAAAGGGAUAAACCCUGAAUGAAGCAAAGCUGAAGUAGCUCUUUAGAAGAGUGUUGUUGAACUGAUAUUGACUGUUUUACCAGGUACUUGUCAGUGACAUUGGGUACCAUUGAUAUGUUUUCCUUUUGAAAAGUAUAUUGCACUUUCCCAUAUCUAUAGGGGUCUCUUACUGAAAGUGUUUACUAAGCUCCAUUUUCCUUUGAUUUGAAAAGACAUACAAUGAAACUGCAAAUGUAGGAAAGACAUUGAAAAGUGUGCCACUAACUUGAAAAACAAUCAACAGCAUUCAGUUUUUGACAGUUUUGCCAAACCGAAUGAACAGUAUUUAAGCUACCUUUCUUUUAUGUUGCACCAGUGUAUUGUAAGUGAAAGAUUUUCUGUAAGUAAAAUAAUCAAUCACAGAUCUGUUUUUUUUUUUCUUUCUGUGGGUUCUCUUUCCAAAUCCUUAAGGUGAUGUGUGUCACUUUUACACACUUAACCUUUAAUAUCAUUCCCCCAAACUCUUUAGCUGAGCCAGUUCUCUUUAUAUCAUAAGAACUUUUCUGGACUAUCUGAUAUGCUGAUCAGAUUCACAGUACAAUCAUACAGUAUAGUCAGUAUAUAAUCUCUCUUGAAAUGUCUAUUGUACCUUGAGAACCAAAAAACUUUUUCCUUUGUGUGGAAACUUUUAAUUUUCUAUUUUUUUUUUAUGUUAGCUUAGCUCUUGUUAUUGUUGUUAUUGCUGUUAAUUGUGUUGUUUAUUGCAGUAUACAUUUAAAUAGUGUGAAAUUGAUUCAUUUCUAGGUCAAUGGGACAUGCACUAGUAGAUUUUUCCCAGUUGACUGCGAAUAUGCGGUGCAUGUGGUAAACGCAUGGUAGUUGCAGUCACAAGAUAAUGUGAAUCCUCCACCACCUUUACAUUUGCACUAUUCAUCUAGCCCUUCCAUACUAAGCUUGCAUCACUGUGUAAGCAAGAGGUACUGAAUCACAAGACAAGCAAUACACUGGUAUAAUAGCAUGUUGACAAUACAGAUAAACAUAGCCAUGCAUUGAAUGUUUUACAACAGAAUGUCAGAUUUACCUGUAACGCUUUGCCUGAGGGUGCCAGAACAGUCUGUGACAUGCACUGAGCAUGGAUAAAGUCAAAGGGUUUUUUCAAUUUCUGUAUUGCUUUUGUGAUUCUAUUCUGUCCUCUUUCUGCACCAGGAGGAGUGACUGUAAUCUAAUGAUACAUGAGGAAUGGGUUGCAUCAGUAUAUCACUUUUAUAGAAUGAAGAUUACUUCAUGUACAAAAACAAAAAAACAAUAAACCCU